AUGAUAAUAAGCAUUGCCCUCAUCUGGGCAGUAGUGGUGGGAUUCUGCUGUCUUUUAUGGCUUGCUGUGGGGAUCCGACACAGGCAACCAGGUGAACCUGUAGUUGAGAACGGGUUUAUCCCCUACCUCGGUUGUGCUCUGCAAUUUGGGGCCAACCCACUUCAAUUCCUACGCAGCCGCCAGAAGAAGUAUGGUCAUAUUUUCACCUGCAAGAUCGCAGGCCAGUACAUUCACUUCCUGUGCGAUCCAUUCUCCUACCAUUCAGUCAUCAGACAGGGGAGACACCUGGAUUGGAGGAAGUUCCACUUUGCUACGUCUGUCAAGGCAUUUGGCCAUGACAGCUUUGACCCUCGCCAUGGCCACACCACAGAGAACCUUCACCAAACCUUUCUAAAGACUUUGCAGGGUGAGGCUUUGCCCUCCCUGAUAGAGUCUAUGAUGGGCCACCUACAGGACGUCAUGCUGAGGUCAGACACGCUCAGCCCUAGCAAGGACCACUGGGAGACCGAUGGCAUCUUUGCCUUCUGCUACAAGGUGAUGUUUGAGUCUGGCUACCUGACCCUGUUUGGUAAAGAGCACGGUGAAGACAAACGGCAGGCUAGGGAGGCGGCUCAGAAAGCCUUGGUGCUAAACGCUUUAGAGAACUUCAAAGAGUUUGACAAGAUAUUCCCGGCAUUGGUGGCUGGCCUGCCCAUCCACGUCUUCAAGAGUGCCUACAGUGCUAGAGAGAAUCUAGCAAAAACCAUGCAUGCUGAAAACCUGUCCAAGAGGGAAAACAUGUCUGAUCUGAUCUCUAUGCGGAUGAUCCUAAACGACUCCUUAUCUACCUUCAAUGACUUGAGCAAAGCCAGGACGCAUGUUGCUCUGCUCUGGGCUUCGCAGGCUAACACUCUUCCUGCUACCUUCUGGAGUCUCUUUUAUACGAUCAGGAGCCCAGAUGCUAUGAAAGCAGCUCGUGAGGAAGUGCAGAAACUUCUGGAGGGUUCAGGGCUGACGGCCAACCUGAGCAACCCUUCACUAAAUCUGACAAGGGAGCAGCUGGACAGCAUGCCUGUUAUGGACAGCAUCGUCAAAGAAGCUAUGCGUCUUUCGAGUGCUUCAAUGAAUGUACGCGUUGCCAAGGAGGACUUCCUGCUUCACCUUGACAACCAAGAAGAUUACCGUAUCAGGAAAGAUGACGUCAUUGCACUAUAUCCUCCUAUGCUGCACUUCGAUCCAGAAAUCUAUGAGGAUCCCCAUGAGUACAAGUUUGACCGUUUCCUGGAUGAGAAGGGUCAAGAGAAAAAUGCAUUUUACCGGAAUGGCCGGCGGCUGCGUUACUUCAACAUGCCCUUCGGCUCGGGGGUCACCAAGUGCCCCGGCAGAUUUUUCGCUCUUUAUGAGAUCAAGCAGUUUCUGACUCUGGUGUUAUCCUACUUUGACAUGGAACUAUUGGACCCUGCUAUCAAAGUCCCACCUCUUGACCAAUCCCGUGCCGGUCUGGGAAUCCUCCAGCCUACCUACGAUGUGGAUUUUAAGUACAGGCUGAAAUUGAACCACUAGGCAGGUAGAGGGAUAAAAGUCAUGUUGUACAUAUGUAUAUUUAACGGUGUUAAUGAAGAUGCUUUGAUGUAUAUAUAAAUAUUCUGCAUGUAUGGGUCUUAAAAGCUUUCAAAAUCUUCCAGUGUAUCUGAUAUUGUUGGGAGACACACUUCCUGUCUCAGUUAGAAAUCUUACAUGUCAGAGUAAAAGUUCCCACUUACAUUUUAAAUUCCUGAGGACUUCUGAGGUUUCAAUGUCUGCUCCUCACACAGGAGUACAAAUAUUUGAUCACUGAAUGCAAAUUCGUUUCAAGAAGCUACAAGUUUUCAAAUGAUCAUUACGGAAUGGAAUGUCCAGAAAAUGUUAUCAGUAAAGUAUGUUGUACAUCACUCAAUAGGCUUAACAUGCAAAAACAUUGUUGCUCCAUUUAUUUCUCAUUUCUGUGGUUUUGAAAUACUAACACGAAUUGUGGAAUUCACUAACACAACUUUCUGCAGGGAUUUGUUUCAUUUCCUGCGUAUUCAUUAUAGCCACAGUGUUCACAUAUUAACUCUACUCUGCACUCUGUCAGCGCUUGUUAAUUACUUUGAUAUUUCACACCAGCUACUUUAUUCUGUAGUGUGAAAUUGCUGAGUGCAGCGUGUCCAUGACCAACUCCAUUUUUAUCAAUGAAUGUAUUACUGUAAUCAGUAGCCUAUCAUUUACUGACUUCCCUUUGAAGUAAAUGUUCCAACAACUUUGGAGUUUGCUCUCUCGCAUCCUCA